AUGUUUGCAGUAGAUGUGAUCUACUUGGAUAUUGUCAAAGUGUUUGAUACAGUGCCACAUAGAUGUUUGCUUUUUAAACUUAUCUCUGUUGGUAGUAAUGCUUGCUUUGAUGCAAAGACUGAAAAUGCAAGCACAGUUGCAACAGAAGACAAUAGUAACUUUGGAAAGAAUAACAGUAUGAAACAAGAUAAGAGGAUAAUAUUUGUACAGGUAGCUUAUGAAAAUAUAAUAAAAGGGCAGCACCACCACAACUGCAGUCCUAAAGUCCCAGAAGACUGGCAUCCUACCCAGACUACUGGCAACAGCAGCGUCAUCGGAAGUGCUGCCCCUCCCCUCCGUGCCGCCAGCCCGCCGCACACACACACUCGGCUCCACUCGCUCCUCUCCAGCCACCUGAGCUGCACUACAGAGCGGGGGAACCUGCCCAAAGAGCCGAGCACCACACGGGGCGCCACUUCUCCUCCGGCACCUCCUCAGCCACUGGCGGCCCCCCUGCCCCGGCAACCGCUGCUCCCGUUUCAAGAAGGAUGGCGAGCUGUGAGCUCCCAGAAGAUGCCCUCCUGUCCGCCCUCCUCUCCGGUCACUCCUCCUGCAACCAGGUACUCCUUGAUCAAGCAGUUCUGCAUGAUACUGGUGUGGAGAUUGCUCAGAGCCAACAGGAGGAAUACCAUUAUAAGAGUUAAUCUUAAACUGAAUAAAAUCAAUUAAACAAAUCUGA